AUGGCUGUCCUUGCUUCUCAUUGGGAUAGCCUUGCGCUCAGUGGGCCAUAUACAACACCAGACAGCGCCGUGCUCUGCCCGUCAGAGAUCGUGGGAGAUGCUCUGCGGGAUUGGGUUUGCGACACGGGCGGUCGAAGAAGCAAAUUACCCGACCUUCCAGCAGAAUUGGUCAUGGAGAUUGCGUCGCAUCUCUUGCCUACAGAUGUCACCUCUCUGAUACUUUCAUCUCGGAGUCUCUACAGAGCAAUGCAAACGCAACUACCUCACGAGAAGAAGAUUCGGUGCUUGGUUGGAGGACAAGAGCGGCUUGCUCCCGCACCACGCAGUGGAAUACCACCUUGGGAUGCAUGGCAAUACCAGAUACCAGCUUCCACAAGCAUUCUCAACCUAAUUAUCCAAGCUUUCAACGACGAGACGGACUAUCCUCACCUUCCGAUCUUGGAGCGCUUCCUGGAAAUCAAGCCGGACCUCGCCGGAUGCCCCAUCAUGGUCCUUGAAGAUGAGAUGAACUGGCCUACGCUCGAGGUUUGCUGCGGGCUCAAUGGCAGAGACAUGCCGUGCAUGUCGUCAUGCGGUCGCAUUCGUGGUGUGCCGCUCGCCCCGGACAAAGACGGUUCCAUUCCCGACGACUACAUCAUCCUGGAGCCACUGCAUUUGGCCGUGUAUUUCGGACUGGAUGCCUUUUGUCAGGCAUUACUACGAGCUGAUGCUUCCAUAAUUGGCCAUGAAGCCCGAGGACUGCCGGGUCUCGGCGAAGACUGGGUCUCUCCGCUGGAAAUUGCUAGGAGACAAGGGUUUCACUAUCUUGCAGACAUGCUUGACCCAUCAAGCGUGAGACCAGAUUCGUCUCGAAGAACCCCAGCAGAACCUAAGGUUCCGCCACUGUGGUCGUCAAAUCCUUUCAUGUUGCAGAGAGGCGGUGAAGUCGUCUGGUAUACAGCCCCCCAUAGUGGCGGAUGGUGGCUGGGUAUAUGCACGGAUAGCCGCGGCAUGAACAUCAUCCCUUUGCGUCAUUCCAUUCCUGGGAAAUAUGAAAGACCGGAGACUAUACUUCCUUACAACCGUCCGCCCCGCGACAAUGAGCAAGGUGAUAACGAAGCAACGAAAGCGACCGCUAUUGCUAUCAAUGCGCAACACUCGCUUUGGGGGCGCUUGGACACCACUCUGGACCCCUCUAAUCCUCGCUAUUACGGAUGUUUCCUCGGGGCAGAACGAGUCGAAGUCGGCGAUUGUCUGCGACUUGAUGAAUGUCCCUGUUCUCCGAAUCGUCGACGCGGGCGUUGCCCCGCGAAUUCGCGCGUUCUCGCAGUACGCAACAUCUUCUGUUCAGGCAGUGGUAUCCUCACAUUCCACGGCGACAUUUACCAUCUCAUCAGCGGGAACGCAGAAACCCCGAAUGAGCUGCCAUUCGUAUUGGAGGCACAGUCACGCAUUGCAUCAUCGAGGGCAUCAACAUUAGGGCUACAGCCACGAGUUUGGCGACGUUUCCGAGCCGAUGUUGAACGCAGGCAGCACGAGAUAGCAGGUCGAUAUUACCCACGAUUUCAGGAGGAUUGUCUCAAGUCCAGGUUUCUCCCCUCAAUGCUCACACCAGCCCGACUUCACGGAUUAAAACUCGUCGGAAGGUUGUCAACUCUGGGGCCGUGUAACCUGGUUCGACUCGAGGGUACGCAACGAGCGCGCUGCGGAGAGGCAACAACGCAAUGUUAG